CUUGAUGCCACCUGAAACUCGGGCGCUUCUCAUUUAUUGCCUAUACGUUGCACGCUUAGCAACACUGUAGCCAAUUUGAUGGCUAACAAUGAUAAAACUACUUCAACUAUGAACGAAAAGUUAAACUUUCCUACUAGAAGGAGAAGUUUACUAGAAAGGCUUAUACCAAAUCGUAAGAGAAGUUUGAGGGCGCAAACAUCAAAGAGUUGCGAUAAUGUUUUCGAGGAAGCUAAUCGUGAAAUUUCACAGAACAAAGUAAAACAGAGAAGAGCUACUUCGGAUUCGGUUGAAAAUCUUCACGUUCAGCCUCGCCCCAGCAGAAAAAGUAGCAUCUUUCGUCAUUUUCAGCGUAAUGAUCAUAUGGAUGUUCACCAAGAUAUGAACGCUAUUCACAGACAUUCAGUUACAAUGACCAGCAUGUUUGGUACAAAGAAACACGCCGAUCUGAAGAAACUUAUCACUAAGCUUAAAGAUAGCAGCAAAGGAAUAUUCGGAAGAAUCAAGAGUUUAAGAAACGCCCUAUGUGAAGCUGCAGAAGCUGAAGCAAGUGAAUUUCUGCGAGAAAAUUAUUACUUAGUAUUUUACUUGAUCUCAGAUGCUUUUGAACAUUUGGAAAAUAUCAGUACGAAGACCCACAAGAAAGGAGAUGAAGUCGAUGUUACAAUCGAAAUGUUAGAAAGAUUAAUUAUGGAAAAUCCUGAUCCAAUAUCAAUAGGGUGGCAACAAAACGGUAUGGGUAGACUAAUUAAACGCUUACUUCAUCCUAACAAUUUGAAGGAAAAAAGAGAAAUAGGAAUAAAAUUAUUCCUAGAGUGGUACUGCAUAAUGAGAGAUUCUUCCUCAAAUUUUUGUGAUCAAACCUUCCAAGAUCUGAUUCCCUCCGAUUUUAAUAACCACAGCCUUAACUUACAACAUGACUUUAUAUUUACACCUGGCGAAUUUGCUCUAAAAAUAUCUCCUGCUCCUUUUAAUCCCAUAGUUGUUAAAAGUCCGAAUGAAUAUUGCGAAUCUCGCGAGUUAAUGCGAAAAAUGCUGGAUUUGAUCAUCCUAAGUCCGGAUUCCAUUCGUUGGCCUGAAGCCUCGCAUAAAUUGAAAGCUCUUAAUUUUUUGAUGAAUCGCCUGAAGAAAGUUUACGUAGGGAAACUAUUUAAAAAUUCGCCAUUAUGUAGUAUUUAUAACACAAAUCCACCCCCUCACCCAGACAAAUCAACAAUGGUCAAUGAUCCUAUUGACGGGGUACGUGAAGAAUUAUUACUGUGGUUAGCAAAAUACGUGUGUAGGUCUCAAGAUAUGGCUAUAAGCAACGUGAAUGAAGAUCUGAUACACCAAGUAAUUUUUUCAUCUCGUCAUUCAGUUGAUGUAGUACUCGAUCUAUUCCGGUAUGCCCUCUUAUUACCUGCAUCAUGCUACUCUAUCAAAAAGCAAAUUCUAUAUGUCUACACUAGUUGGUUUUUGACACAUCCAAAUGGUUCACAGGCUAUGCCGCCCAUCUUCUUUAAUCGUUCUGAAGUUGAAAAGACUCAAAAAAUGUUUGAAAGCCUCCCGUUAGAACCCAAUGUAAAUAACAAAGAUGAGAGAGAUUCGUACGUGCCCUUCCAAAGGGCUCUAACUUGGUACAUAAUUCAUAUCGCCGGUAUUUUACAACCGUAUAAAUGCUAUUCGGAUCUUGAGCAAGAACGACAUUUGGAAUUGUGUUCAUUAGUCAUUAAUAAUUAUAAACGAUUGUCGCAAGAAGUUCGUCUGGAGAGAGAAACAUGGCAUGAAUUGUUAUUAGUUUUAUUAAGAAGUACUGACAUCUUAAUGGUGAAAAGAGAUGCGUUCACAAACAACCUUGCUAAACAGCUAUUUAGCACACUUUUAACUAUUUGGUUAAAAGCUGCUCAAACUGUCGAGAUAGAGAAGGGGCUGUGGAAUAGUUUACUCUCGUCCUUAAAGUCCUUAACCAGGUGGAAAGAAUUAAUUGAUGAAUGGUCAUCUCGUCUAUUUGACUUGACAAAGGAUUUAGCUGUGAAAGUCUACGGAGUAGAACUUCCUGAUGGAGACAAGACCAAACACUCUGACAGGAUAGCAAGUCGUCAAAAUAAUUCCUUAAUAAGUCGAGUAAACACAGAAAUUGAAGGCAGAAGCGGAUUACCUCCUCAAGAAUUUUCGCCACAAAAGGUUAAAGCACAAAAGCUCCUUCAAAAAGAAAAGCGACAAAUAUCUGGUGAAGCCACACCUGGUAGUAAAUUAUCCUUAGACGAUGAAGAACCACAGCUAUCUAAGUGGCGAUCCGAUAGUGACUUAACAGCUGCAGAUGAUAAUUGUGAAACAUUACCUAGGGUAGCUAGCCAUACAAGUGUAUACGAAGCAGCAAAUGCAUCUCCUGCCAAAGAAAUUCGUGCAAUAAAAUCUCAGGACACAGAAUAUAGUACUAGUAUUAUUGGAGGUGAAGGGUUAGAAGGGGCAGUCGUCUUGUGGAGACGAUUCGUUGGUAUUCUUGGAAAUGUAAAUGAAAUUGAAGAACCCUAUUCGUAUGGGGAGAUAGUAAGGCAAAUUGAGAGAAUUAUUGGUAAACUUGAAUACGUGAGGGAUAAUAUGAAAUUUGAUUGUGACGUCUAUCCCCCAAUUGCUUGGUUUUCAUCUUGGUUGUUUGCUGCUCUUCGUUUGGAUGAUAGUUAUCAAAAGGGUAAACUGACAGCCAUAAAACUACUCUGUAAAUUAUUAUUGGACGACCCCAAAGCCCGUCAUUCUUUAUCGUUUAUAAGCCGUUUUAUUCACACUAUUCACACCGUCCUUCAUUCGGGCAAUGAUGAAUUACGUAACAUAAUUGUCAAAGAAUGUUCUUCCAAGAUAUUGAGUGCCGACGUUGCUGGUGUUUCAUUACUAUUCUCUCACUUGGCUCAUGCAUCUUACUCAGUCUUAGAGAGUAAAGAUUUAAACCAACCACGUAAAGAAGCAGUUUCACUUUUAUUUGGUCUUCUAAAUGUGCAUGAUGAUUCCCUACCAUCUUUAGAUCCACGUUGCCUAAGUCCUGCUUUAGUCGAAUGCAAAAACCUAAAAGAGGAUAUUAUACAGAAGUUAAUUUAUUAUUCUAAAACUGAGCAGUCUGAGGAUGCAAGAAUUGUCGCAUUGAACUCAAUUUCAUCGUUCACUUAUAAAGAACUUAGUAUUUGUUCACAGGAUCGCUUUCCUCAUCCAGUUGUGAAAGAUAACAUACACGUCCUACUAGCAACCGUUCACUCUGAAAAGCUGAAACAAAAAUCCAUUAGUAGGGUGGCAUGUGACCUUCUGGUUAUGCUGGCCGAAAAAGUAGAUAAAAUCUUAACGUUUGUUGCGGACAUUCCUGGAAGAGUGAUUGAAAGUCUCGUUCAUACUCUUUGCACUCUACUAAGUAAACCUGAUGAGAAGUUGACCGUGGGGGUGAUGUUAACUUGCUUAGAAUGGGUCAUGAGAUGCCCUUUACCACUGUUAUUAGAUAACGGAGCGGGAGCCUAUAAGUGCUUCUUACAAAAGGUAUUCAGUGCCUUGGAGCAGGCCUCUUCUGGAGAUAUUCAACCAAGACCAGAUGAGCCAUCUAUCGUUUAUGAAACCAUUGAAGAUGUAUACAGUAGCACGAAGUUUAACGAUGAUAAUCAAUUUAGCAUUAAACUCGCCGCUGAUGCCGUAAUAAACAGCUUAAUAAAUCUUCUUGGCGUUUGGCCUAUGGGUGGUGGAGCUGCCCUUUUGCACAGUCAUGUAAACGAGGCUCAUGAUAACGUUAGUGAUCUGAGCGGUGAAUUUACCUCAUCUAUCUUAAAUGCAAGCAACCUUCAAUGGCUGGUCUCUAAUGGAGGGUCUGUAAUAUCUGCAAUUCAAUUGCCACAACAUUUGUCAAACGGUGGUGGGACAGGGGGAUUAGUUAGGGCAGAAAAUCAAGCGAGAUUCUUAAUUAGAAAUUUUAUUGGAAAGUAUUGCUGGGACGCAACAUUCGUUUACGGAAUGGGCAACUGUCGUUCGGGGUCAUAUACCUAUUCGAAUGAAGAUGUGAAGCCAUUGUCUAAUAAGGCGCUAACUUAUCUGACAAAAAGUGAUGCCUUUGCAAACAAGUUCAAUGAACUGGAUUCUUUUUUAUUGUAUAUUGAAGAAUCUAGUCCGGAAUGUAGGCUAAAACCGGGCCAACCCCUUGAUUCUCCAUAUCCCUUGCCCUCGUACUUCGGAAGCGAAGCAAUUGCUAACGCUACGAAAAGUUUGACUAGUCAGCAAGCAGCAGAGAAUGAACGUACAUGGACUAACAGAAACAAUCCAAGUGUAGUGGCUAAAAGAGCCGACGCCCAAGAAGUAGGACCAAGAACAAAAUUUGAAGUCGAAUGGCCUUUUUGUAUAACAAGAUUAUUCCUCUGGCAUUUGGGUUUGGGACCGAUUGAAAAAAGGCAAAGUCUCGAUAUCCUUGAACAAGGCGACCCCUUAAUAAGACAUUUGAAAAACAUCGAUAAGCAGUUGUGCAGGGAAACACAUAAGGUUGGAUUACUUUAUGCAGCCUCUGGCCAAAAGACCAAAGCGGAAAUGCUCGACAAUGAUGCAGGUUCAAGAUUAUUUGAAGAUACUGUCUCAGGCCUUGGUUGGGAUGUUGAAUUAUCAUCUCAUCCUGGCUUUACAGGAGGACUUUCACGUAACAAGUGUACAACAACUUAUUAUGCCUCUUCUUGGCAAGAAUUAGUCUGGCAUGUUAGUACGCGGAUGGAGAGCGGCAGUGAUGAAAAACGCCAUCUAAAAUUAAAACAUCUAGGAAAUGACGAAGUACUUGUCGUGUUUGUCGAAAAGGGAGCAAAUUUUUCCAGGAGCACCCUAAGAACGGAUUUUGCUGACGUUCUAAUUAUCAUAAAACCGGCUCCGUCAACCAGACUUUCGACAAAAGCUGUCUCUGUUACUAUCGACACAAAAAAGAGUAACAUGCAUGUUGGUCCCUUAUAUAAUGGGGCCAUUGUAGAGAUUAGAUGCUUGCCUCAGCUCUUAAGAGCAACCGUCCUUAACGCUUCUAGGAAGCUUCGAUUUUUACUGCCUCAUUUUAAGCAAUUCUAUGAGGAAAGAUCUCACUACGUGAAGAUGCUUGUUGAAGAGAAAAGACGAAGGUGCACUUUUGAAGAUUUUGCGGAAGCGCUUUUUGCUCCGGUCUUGCCUUCUAUAUCAGUGCCAUACCUGCAUAAGCGUAACAGUCCUGCAGUAGAAAAUAGCGACCACAAUGCUGAGAGUCGAGAGACUAUGUUUACUUGGCAUGGUCAAAACCUAAGUCAGUUUAGAAAAAAACUGACGUCUAGCGACGUUUAGCGCAAAAGGUUACAUUUUAUAGAUAAAUUUAGGAAAUGGGUCAUCUAUAUAAGCAUGCCUGUAAUGCAGUUAAAUUUUGUCGGGCCUUAAUAACGCUUAAUUACAACCUUGUCAUUUGUUGUAUAACCGCUAAUUAGACAAACUAAAUUAUUGAUAUAUAAUGGAUGAUGGUAGAGGAAAUAGUAAUAAUUUCGUUCAAGCUCCCUUUUAAAAAGAAUGCAUGAUUUAUAACAACAAUCGUUGUUCAAAGGUCUGACCUGAGUAAUUCUAACUUUUAAAGCAACUGCUUAUUUAUCAGAUAACGAACCCGGGGUCGAUAAGGGAGAGGAUAACUUAAGCGUCGAUAGUAUAACGAGCGCGGAGAGCGGUAACGCCAGUUCGUCCUCAGGAGUGGGAAACAUGCUGGCACGUUUCGCCACUUCGGCUGUUCGGCGCAGUAAUCACAGACAGAUUAACAGUUGAUUUUUAUCAACGCUUUACGUUUUCUUUUUUUUUUUUU